UGUCGCGUUCGCCUCCGGAGAACAGUUUUUCUUCAAGCCCCGUCACAGCAUCACUACCCACUGCCACUCCCCUUCCCAGCCGAGCGAGUGGAGGUCGAAGCGGCCGGCGUGGCAGCCUGCACCGACCGCACUGCCGUCAAGCUAGCUCGUAGUUUUCCGACCAACAUACGCAAAGCCCCUGUGGAUUAAACGGUGUCAGAAGCAAACGAAGAUGCCGUCAUAAAUUGUCAUAAAGAAAGGGCCGGGGGAAACUUGGCUGCUCUGUGGUCCAACCUUGACGCCUGUCUCGGCACCCUGUAAACAUGGCGACGGGCGUUUGCUGCCACCAGUGCGACUGUGCAAGAGACACGGACGUUAGGACGAGCGUGGCGGAAGAAGGAGGCAGCGAUGGCGGAGAUGAGGGCGGGUGCCCGGAGCUCCGUGUCACGCAGAUCACGGCCAUUGACGGACACCUGCCGUCCUCCGAGCGGAAAACCUUGCAAAGCGAUCUUCCCAUUUGUCGCAUCUGCCACGAGGGCGGCUGCGUGGAAGCCCUGCUGUCCCCGUGCAACUGCACUGGCACGCUGGCCACGGUGCACAGGAGCUGCCUGGAGCUCUGGCUGUCGUCCUCCAACACCAGCUACUGUGAGCUGUGCCACGCCCACUUCAGCAUCCAACGCAGACUCAGGCCAUUCACAGAGUGGCUGCACGAUCCCGGCGCACACGAGGAAAGGAAGUUGGUGUUCUGCGACAUCGUGUGCUUCCUGUUCGUCACGCCGCUGGCCACCAUUUCGGGCUGGUUGUGUCUGAAGGGCGUCUCGGACGACCUUCACAUUGGCAGCUUGCUGCAGAAUACGGGCCUCAUCUCGCUCACCCUCGUCCUCUUCACCAUCUAUAUCCUCUGGACCAUGGUGUGCCUCCGCUACCACUGUAAGAUGUACUCUGAGUGGAGAAGAAAGGACCAGCAAGUACAUCUACUCAUCCCCAAAGCGAGGGAAGCCGUCUCUUCCCAGCAUGCCUUGCACUCUGCCAUAACCCCCAACAUGCCCUCGAAUGAAAGCUUAGUAUGAGAGCCGAAGGGA